AUGCAGAAGCAAAAGCAGCAGCAGCAGCAGCAGCAGCAGCAGCAGCAACAGCAGCAGCAGCAGCAGCAGCAGGAAGAGGAACAAGGAGUAACUGAGCUGCAAGAGUUGCAGCAGCCAGUGCAGCAGCAGCAGCGGGAACCACCAGCAGCAGCAGAUGCAGCUGCAGCAGAUGCAGCUGCAGCAGCAGCAGCAGCAGCAGAUGAGGUACCAGCAGCAGCAGCAGCAGCAGCAGAACCAGCAGCAGGAGCAGCUGCUGCAGCAGAACCAGCAGCAGCAGCAGCUGCUGCAGCAGAACCACCAGCAGCAGCAGAACCAGCAGCAGCAGCAGCAGAACCAGCAGCAGCAGCAAGAGAACCAGCAGCAGCAGCAGCAGAACCAGCAGCAGCAGAACCAGCAGCAGCAGCAGCAGAUGCACCUGUAGCACCAGCAGCAGCAGCAGGUGCACCUGCAGCACCAGCAGCAGCAGCAGAGCCAGCAGCAGCAGAUGGAACUGCAGCGUCAGCAGCAGAUGCAGCAGCAGCAGCACCAUCAACGGCUGCAGCAGCAGACGCAGCGCCUGCAGCAGCAGCAUUGAGGCGCAGCAAGCGCACUGCAGCAGCAGCAGCAGCAGCACCAAAAGCAGCAGCAAGAGGAACGGGAAUAAGGCGCCGAGGGCGCAACAAACCCUAA